ACAGCCAGUGGAAGCCGCCGUGCCGUGUGCCGAGGCGGGCGGAGGCUAGCUACCAGCUUCCGCCGCAGCGCAGGGGAAUGCGGCGAGGGGCAGUGGGGCCGCCGCUGCGACGGUAGCUAGCUGCGGGGCUCGGCUCGGGUCCGUGGGGGCGCGGGAGGAGGGUGAUGGGGGUGUGGAGGGAGGGCGCGGGGUGGUGCUUCUGCUCCGGCGGCGGCGACGACGGGGGGCGGUCGGAGAGGGUCAAGGCGGCGAUCUUCUCCGCGAGGUCCCCCGCGCUGGCGGAGGUCAGUGGGCAGGGCAGCGCCAGCGCCAGCGGGAGCGGGCUCCUGAUCCACCGGAACCUGCUACUCACCACGCACGGCAACCUGCCCUCGGCCGCCGCUGCCGAGGACGCCGAAGCGCGGCUUGGACACGGCCGCCUCGUCGCCAGGCUCGAGCCUCACAGAUUCUUCAUUACAAGCUCAAUUCUUGACCUUACAAUAGUGGGUCUUGAUUAUACAGAGGGUGACUCAACUUUGCAAAGCCAACAGCCUCACUAUUUGAAAACAAGCUGCAAACCAAGCCUAGAUCAUGGAAGUGCUGUGUACCUACUGGGACAUACAGGGAAAAAGGAACUGGUUAUUGGUGAGGGCAAAGUAGUUAUUGGCACAGACAAUCUCAUAAAGCUUGCAACCAAUGGGGUGACAUGGUGCCCCGGGUCUGCCGGUUUUGAUGCCCAAGGGAAGCUAGCUUUCAUGAUUUGUGAUCCAAUGAAGUUGGCGUCUUCUCCCACCGCAAGAUCAUCCUCGGCAUCCUCAUCCUCAUCACAUUCAUGGAAGAAGGAUCACCCAAUGCAAUUUGGGAUCCCCAUAUCCGUGGUUUGCGAUUGGUUGUAUCAGCAUUGGCAGGGCAACUUGGACGAGGUUAGCAAGCCCAAGUUACCUCUUGUUCGGCUGAUGUCCAGCAGGAGUGAUCACUCAAGCACCUCUUUUACUCGUCGUCAUGUGUUCAAGCCUGACCAAGAGAAUGAUGAUGCUUCCGUCUGUUCAAAGCCUAAAUAUCAGCAGGCAUCAGGAAGCUCAGCCACUGCAAGGAUUUCGCAUGAAGCGAAUCCUCUAGUUGAUCUGCGCACUAGCAGUGAACAGGGGAUUGCAACGCCAGAAAUCUAUGAGUCGCCAAGGCCUUGCCAGGCUCAGAAGGAUGCCGCACCAGGUCAACUCUUGGACAUCAACUUCCCACCCAGGGCUCCAAAUACUAUCUUUCUACCACUGCCUCUGAAGCAAAUGCUUUCUGAUGAGAACAAUGUUGAAACAUCCAAGCCUAAAAAUCGGUCGAAAGACAAUGGUUUCCCAUCAGGGCUGAUGUGGCACCGUAAUAGUGAGGCUGAGUGUCGGAACCCUCCAGUAGCUCUUCGGCAUGAGGAUUGCAGCAGUGAGGGGCAGUCGAGCUUGUCACCUGUUGAGAUACUGGAGUAUAGAGGUCAGGAUCAUUAUAGCAGCGAAGAGGAAACAAUGUACUCAGCUGAAACCAUGGAAAGCAGGAACAUCCCAAGCCCCAGGGAAAAGCAUGUGGGGAGGAGCCAGAGCUGUGUCACCUACAGCAGGUGGAGCUCUCCAAGAACCUCAUCAAUGCAAAACGGAACAUUGCGAAAGCAGCAUACGCUGAUCCCUGUGCGGAAGACACACUCGCAGAACACAGCUCUACCACAGAGGAAUCACGACUAUUUAAGCCCAACGGUCUCCUCAGCUAUGAAGAAGAGGAACUCCAUGGAACAGCAACAACCCACAAAGCCUCGGCAGAGCGUUGUUCACUCUUCCCCAAAAUGGAUGUUUUGAUGAUUCUGUGCAUCUGGUUUUGUGUGUGGAGACGAUGAACAAAGAAUUGCUGUUUUGGUGGAAUCUACUGCUCCUAUGUCUCCUCCUCAGCUUUGUGGGUUGGUGCUGUCUUCCUUGCCAUCUCUCUCACUCUCUCUGGGAUUUUAUUUGCAGAAUGGCUUGGAUAGAUAAAGAGAAACAGAAAGCAAAAAAAAGCAAAAAAAAAUCAACAUGAAAGGUUACAGAUCAAAUGUGUUCAGGGCAUCUUGCGUGAGCUUGCUGCGAAGGGUUGCCAUCUUUGUGUGUAGAUUGGAUAAGAACUACAGACUGGAGUAUUUAGCUUACAAGUUUUAACUAAACAGUUUAAUGGUGAUAUUUGUUUUUGUUUUUGGUAUUCAUCCAUGGGCAUGAGGACUAUAAUCAUUUGGUUUGCUCCUGCAUCGUGGUGUGAUGUAUGCCAUCCUGAAUUAAAUCAGGAUUCUAGAUAGUUGAGGGUUUGGCUACCAAGUGACCUUUUCUGUUCUUUUCUCUCUUUUUUUCAUUUUACCACUUGAAGCAGUCAAGCAGAUACUGCUACAGAUCUGAACUUUGUUGAGGCUUCAGAGUAUAUAUUGUCCGUAAUGUGUUGGCUGUCUGGCAGGCUACAGCAAUGUAAAUAGCUUUUAUGGUGAAUGAUGUGGCAGAGUUCAUCGUGGA